CGGUCGCGUUCUUGUCGCGAAAGUCACCAUGAUACAGAUUAACUCACCUGGAUGACGUUCAUCAGGAACUCGGCUAUGAUGCAACGAGUCCUAGUGUGUAGUUGGCAUCGUUGAUGGGAGUGAUGUGAUAAGCUGGAUUGAAGGAAGAUAAUCAAGUGUUCCAAUAUCUAUUAAGUGAUAUUAGCUGUUGUAAUAAUAAUAAUAAUCAUCAUCAUAAUAAAGUGGUUGUAUUUAGUGAAGCAGUGUGGUGUGUGUGUGGAUUAAGAGGCUAAAUAAAGUCGUUUUCCAGUAGUUGGCAAAGCCACAAUUUCGUUGUGGAGGGGUGGUUGAUGCACAGGAGCAGCGGGGUCGCGAGCGGCGGUGGUCCUGGAACCGCCGCCGGACGCGGCCUCGAGCUCGAACAUCCACCGGCAAUGCCUACCGGUCCGACGGGUUUCCACUGGGGUGCUAUGAUAGCAGGACACCAUGCUGCUGCUGCUGCUGCCGGCAUGAUGCAGCCACCCUUGUCCACAGGGGCUGAUUAUAGUCUUGCUGCAGCUCAUGGAGCUACUCAUCCUGCCAUGCCUAUGGAUUUACAUGUGUCUCAAGGAUUCCCCUGUUACAGGUAUCGUGAUGAAGCUCUCUGCUGGACUGAUAGGAAGCCACCCAUGGACGAUUUGGGCAAUCCAACAUCUGUCAACGCACGAUUUGAGGAGAGGCACUACGCAUUUGAAAGUUUGUUGGAGAUGCGAAAAGAAAAAAGUAGAGAUGCAGCAAGAUCACGAAGAGGGAAAGAAAAUUUUGAAUUUUAUGAACUAGCAAAAAUGCUGCCCCUACCGGCUGCUAUCACUUCACAGUUAGAUAAGGCUUCUAUUAUAAGGCUGACAAUCUCUUACCUUAAGUUACGGGAAUUCUCUUCACAUGGGGACCCUCCAUGGAAUCGGGACUCACCGCCAUCUAAUAAAAUAGUUAAAAGUACCAAAAGAGCUAGGUUAUCAAGCACACCUUGUGCUGAAGAUAUAUUUGAGCAACAUCAAGGCACUCACAUUCUUCAGUCUUUAGAUGGAUUUGCAAUGGCUGUGGCUGCUGAUGGACGAUUUCUCUACAUUUCCGAAACAGUAUCAAUAUACCUUGGACUAUCUCAAGUAGAAAUGACUGGUUCAAGUGUAUUCGACUAUGUCCAUCAGCAAGAUCAUGCUGAAGUAGCUGAACAAUUAGGUUUAGGAUUAACUUGUUCAACAAAUUCUUCAUCAGGCCCACAAUCAUCAAGCUCAGGACUAGCUUCACCUAGUAGCGCAGCUUCAGAGGAGCAUGGAUCCAAUUCUACAGCUAAUCCUGAUGUUUCAUCUGUGAUGGCUUUGACAUCAACGGGACUUUACAAGGGUUAUGAUCGAGCUUUUUGUGUAAGAAUGAAAUCAACGUUGACGAAGAGAGGAUGUCAUUUCAAGUCUUCCGGAUAUCGAGUAGUCUUAUUGUUAUGUCGUCUAAGACCACAGUAUCCUUUUCAUCCUGCCAGGAAGUCUUCACCAACACUCAUGGGUAUGGUGGGAUUAGCUAUUGCAUUACCACCACCAAGUGUCCAUGAGAUUAGGCUUGAAGCUGAUAUGUUUGUAACUAGAAUUAAUUUUGACUUUCGGAUAGCACAUUGUGAGCCAAAAGUUUCGGAUUUACUCGAUUACACGCCUGAGGAAUUAACAGGGAAAAGUCUUUACGCAUUAUGUCAUGGAGAAGAUGCAAAUCGCCUACGGAAGUCACAUGUUGAUUUAAUUCAUAAAGGGCAAGUUUUAACGCAUUACUAUAGAUUGAUGAAUAAAAGUGGAGGAUACACAUGGCUUCAGACUUGUGCGACAGUAGUUUGUAAUUCCAAAAAUGCCGAAGAACAAAAUAUCAUAUGCGUAAAUUAUGUUAUCAGUGGGCGAGAAUAUGAAAAUUUAAUAAUGGAUUGCUGUCAACUUGAAGACGGAGUUUCAGGUGUAAAGAGAGAAGAUGCUACGGGCAAUGAUCCCGAAAAUGGAUCUCCUGAUGCAGAUCGAGGAGAAGGAAGAAGUAGUGGAGGACCAACAAAUCAACAUCCUGAAAAUCCACACCAUUCUCCACCAGAGGAUCGGGAAGAUAGUCGUACAUCGGAAGGAGAAACUCGUGGUGGUCGACAUCACGAUAAUACUUCACAAAUGCAACAAGAACCACAAGCAGGAGUUUCAACAAUUGGUAGUUUAUCUGUUAAAUCCUUAACUCGACAUAAACGAAAAUAUGCUCAAGAAGACGAAAGCUCUUCAGGAGAAGAAGAAGAUGAAGAAGAGGCUGUGAAAACUCCCCGUAAUCAUGCAUUAAGUCCAGCAUCAUCCAAUCAUUCGAUUCCUGCUAAUGAACAGGUUUUGAGACCACCAAGUCCUAAAGUAAGAAGGUCUGAAACUCGAGAACCAGAAGUAUCUGCAGGAACAUCAGUUAAAGACUUGGAACAGGCAAUGUCAAAACAUCUUCCCGGAGCAUCUUUGAAUAAACCUGAUUCUCCUGUUCUACAUCAACCAACAGAUUUUAGCACAGAUACUUUAUUAAAACAACAACAGCAAAGAUCAACAAUUCAAUGGAUUGGAGCACAUCAUCUUGGGCAUUUAAGUCCUCAACAGUCUAGCACAACGUCCCUGCCAGCAUCUGCUCUGCUUCGUCAGCUUUAUGCGAAUAGAGAAAGUGUAAUUAGAGCUAAUGUACAUGGAAUUACAUCAAGUUCGAAUAGAACAUCAUCGACAGGUAGUGGCUACUAUGCUGGGGAAGUACCUCAAGGUCCUCUACCAACACCUCCAGGUUCAGAAGGAUCAUCAACAUAUGGCGAGCAUCAAUUCGUUUUAGGUCACAAUCAAAAAUCAUCAUCAGCAGUAAGUGGAACAGAGCCAGCUUUUACCAGUCUCGUGUCCUCUUACUCGUCUGCUGGUGGUUAUGGUGUAGAAUAUCAUUCAGCAAUGACUCCACCAUCAUCCGUAUCUCCUCGUGAAAAACAACACCAUCAUCAACAGCAGCAACAACAACAACAACUUCAUUCAUCUAGUGUAGCAAGUUAUGAAGCUUCUGUUUAUGGAGAUCCUGUGUUACGUCAUCAGUAUGAACCUGCGCAACCGCUUCCUCUCAAACCUCAGGUUUACUCUGCUGCUGUUCAUCCAAGCCCGCUUGAUGCUGCAGCGGCUUAUGCAUCAGCAAGUCUUGGAGAACAAGCCCAAUUUUAUCAUCAUCCAGCAACUGGUGCAGGAUUUCAUCUUUAUCAUCCUAGUAAUAAAACUAAUGCUAACGGCUGGUACAGUUCAACAUCCUAGUAGUUAGGAUAUAAAUGGCAUGUACUUAACUGAGUAGAAACGAACCCAAAGUCUGUUAUUUCAGCAACAAAAAAAUUCCCUGAGUGCAUAUCAGCGACUGAUUUUUUUUCAAGUUAGAUGUGUAUUUUUUAUUAUAUUAUAAAAUUUUAUUUUUAAGAUAUUUUGUUAAAACAGAUUCUUCUAGUUAUAUCAAUUAAAAAUAACUUCAAUAAGAUUAAAAAUCUUAUUACAAGUUGUAAGGCAUAUUUUUAUUUAAAAGUUACUACAACUUGAAUAUCUUCUAGUAUAAAUAGUAGUACUCGAGCAAUAUCUGUUUUGUUGUU